ACAAACCGGAUAUAGAUUGUUAUUGCCAGAAGAAACGACUUGUUCUUUACACAAUUUAGCAUUAGCGAGAAAAUCACUUUGUCUGACAAAAGUUUAACAAAACCAGGUUAUAAAUGGGAAGAUAUAAAUGUGCCUACAACUGCGAGAACUCCAGCGAUCCAGAUGUCAAAUUUUUUAAGUUCCCCCUGUACAAUCCCAGAAAACUUAAAAAAUGGCUUACGAACAUGAAGUGGAUGGACUGGACUCCAAAUCGCUUUUCUGUGCUGUGCAUCAAUCAUUUUGAGGAACGUUACAUUGACAGGACGGGAAAAAGUGUGACGCUUCGAGAAGAUGCAAUUCCCACCAUAUUUUCUUCCACUGACAAUCCACAAAAAAAGGGUUCUGUCAACCAAAGACGUAAGAGAAAAAAGCCUCUUGGUGCUAAAGUCUCCCCUUCUGUCACGGCGAAGAGCAGCGUCCAGAGCAAAGAGGAAGAAACACAGACGAACCAGGCAGAGGAAGAACCACAAGGGGACAAAGAGGAAAAAAAGUCUGAGAAAUGGAGAAUCAUAGUUGAUGAACAGCUGAUGAAGAUCGAGUCAUUUCCACAUUUCUUUCAUGGAGAUUACUGCGUACCACAGAAUAUUCAGUGGGCUCCAGAUGAUGAUCUCAGUGCAGAGUGCAAAGACUCUGAAAAUGUCAUACAGGUGAAAGAGCCGUGGCAGUGGCUCGGUUUGGAUGUCAGAGGGCCUCUGCCUCAAACACUCAACGGACACAAAUACAUUUUAACGGUUACAGACUAUUUCUCCAAAUGGGUGGAGGCUGUGCCGAUGCAGUCGUGCCUCCCUCAACAUGUGGCGAAGAACAUCGGGGACGUCAUCGGCCACUUCGGAUACCCAGUCCGAAUCCUCUCCAGACUACCUCAUGACAUAGUCCACAAAAUCAACCGAGAACUUGAAGAUCUGCUGAAGGUUAGCGUCUCUCUUGUGGUUUACCACCAGCAGACGGGGGCUGCAGAUUUGAUCACACCGCAGCUUCUCGACAGGAUGGUGAGCGAUCUCGCAGAGGAGCAUGCGACCGACUGGGACGUUUAUCUCCCCGCUAAAGUUUUCAGUCUGUGCUUCAAAGAGCACCCAAAGACCAAGGAGAGGCCUUUUUCAGUGCUCUGUUGUAAUGGAGUCGAGCAUAUUCAAUCCCCCAGAGAAGUGGAUUAUACUUACUCCAAGAUCCAAGAGAGUCUAAUUGUGGUUAGGUAGAUAUUAAUUUGGGAAACAGACUUUCUUUCCAUCUUGGUACCACAGUCCCGAGGAGUUUAUUUAUUGGACAGAAACGGCAAACUUAAGGAUCCUCACCCCGCUCAACGAUUCUUUGGAUUUCUCUGCUCGUUCUUGCAAAGGACAUUUUCAGUCAUCAGGAUGAGUUCUUGAAUGUACAAUAUUUUUCCUUUUGUUAAUGUCAUAUUAUAUUAUCUCAUGAACUUCAUAUUUCAUUUUUGUAACAGCAUUUAAACAAGAAUGCAUUUAAAAAUCACUCAUUCAGUUUUCAGAGUUUGUAAAGUAUUAAUGACAGCUAAUGUUUGAAGGAAUGUCUGGUUACUUUGUGUCUUUAAAAUGUAAAACAUG